GCGGAGCCGGUCGGUAUGAGUGGCGGAGGGACCGAGACUCCCGUGGCGUGCGAGGCCGCCAAGGGCGGCGGCGGCGGCGGCGGCAAGAAGCGGGACUCGCUGGGGACUCCGGGUGUGGCGCACCUCAUUAUUAAGGAUCUUGGAGAGAUUCAUUCAAGGCUUCUGGAUCACAGACCAGUUACCCAAGGGGAAAUUCGAUAUUUCGUAAAAGAAUUUGAAGAAAAACGUGGCCUUCGCGAAUUGCGAGUUCUUGAGAACUUGAAGAAUAUGAUCGAGGAAACAAAUGAGCGCAUGCUUCCCAAAUGCAGAGAGACAAUGAAGGAUGGUCUGGAGGAGACCCUGCAGAAACUGCAAGCAGCCAACGACUCCAUCUGCAGACUCCAACAGAGAGAACAGGAACGAGAAAAGGUGAUUCAUGACCACUUGACAGCUAGUGAGAAGCAGCGUCUGCUCCAGUGGGAGGAGUUCCUGAAAGAACAGCCACAGCGCCGAGCUGAAGUGGACGAUGAGCACAGAAGAGCCAUGGAAAGGCUCAGGGAGCAGUAUGCCGCAAUGGAGAAGGACCUAGCAAAGUUUUCUACAUUUUAAGAAUCUGAUCUACAGGGACAGAUGAAUGAGAAGGCACUGGCUUCCCCCAAAUCUUUCUACCAACCACAGAGCCUCUUCUGCAAGCUUAGAAAAAUACGCAGUGGCACUCCUAGGUCUGAAGAGAGAAACUUCUGGAGCCGGAUAAAUGUCCACUGGAAGAAGAGUGAUUACGUGCCUGAAUGUGAUCAUCUGAAGAAGAGUGAAAACGGAACUGAUGCGUAACGAGUCAGAUUUGGUCUUUUCGGUGAUUAGCUCAGAUUGCUGUGUGCACAGUUCUCCAAGAGUCCACUUCAUUGUCACCAAGGGUAAAGGGUUUAUUAUUGUGGAUUAAAUGGCAGGUGUGACAGCUACCUGUCACAGCAUCCUUGGGGAAGGGUCAGAACAGCUCCUCUUGUGACAGAGAUGCCAUGGUGGGCUUUGAACAACUUACUUGGAGACACCAGAUUUUGCAGAACAACACAAUACUGUGUGUUUUGCUGGGUGACAAAACACAUGCCUUAUAGCAUUUAAUAUUUUCAUCUUCUAAAUUAUGCUUAGGAGAAAAAUCCCACCAAAAUGUAUUUUGACAUUUAGCCUCUCCAAGGAUCAUCAUCCUGCCCAUAGUACCCCCCUCCCAUUUUGUGUCCAUUUUGCUUUGUGUGGGCUCUUUAAGGAACAGCAUCUGUGCAUGCUUCAGCUGCUCAGUAGAUAGUCAGCAGAGUCCGCAUGGAGUCCCUCCAGAACCAUGUAAGACUGACUCUGGGCAGACCAGAAAUGUCCAUCCACGCAGCAGAUGAUCUGUGUUAGAGGUGAAUCCCCUUUGUAUUAAUGUCCAUCCUCUAGCAGGUGUGUCCCAAUGGAACACCACUGUCCAUCACCACUGUGAUCAUUACACACUUGCCCUUAAUCUAAUCCAAGAACCAUGUUGAGUUUCAUUUGCUAUAAAUUAAACAGACAUGCAUGCAGCCAGUGGAUUUGAGGUGCGAGUGAGUCUUUCUAGUAGUUUCUGUUGCUCUUCAGUCAAGAAAGGUAAGAAAGAAAAUACCUCACUCUCAUGAUACCAGUGUUUUCACUGCAGAAAAUUGACAAUGCUUGCCUGUGUGAAUGUAUGGCCGACUGUGAAAGCUUCAUUCUUGGCUCAUGCUGAAAUGUGAUUAAAGCUAAUAGAAGAGAUGAAAUAAGUAUUUGAGACUUCUUUCAGUAACACUGAACUUCUGCCAACUUUCUCUGUCUGCUACUGUAGGCCUGACAGGCUCAUCAAUCAUCCUCUGGUCCCUGGGCUGAAAGAGCACUUGCUGACACAGAAGCAUGCUAGAAUUUUCUUAAUUCUCUUUUGGUGGAUGGAAAAACAUUUCCAAAAAUAGCCAACAUGUGAAAAUGGAAGGGAGGGGCCACAAGUAAAAAACCCCUUUGUAUCAUAGGCACUCUUUGGAAUGUCGUUAGUGACCGCCACAGCAUUAAUAGCUGCUAUCAAAUCAGAAUUCUGUGUGCGGGUGGGCGUGUGUACUGUGCUCACUCGACACAUAACACAGCAAAGGUUUCUGGUGCUUUCCGUGCAUCACAGACUAAUAAGUACUUUAUCUCCUCAAUUUGUAUACAGCACACAUCUUUGUAAGGAGAGCAGACCAAGACGGUGUCUAAGCUUUCUUGUUCCUGCACUCAGUUUCCUCCAGCACUGUUAAGGGUCAGUUGCUUUGCCUUCCUGUUGUCGUGUUCAGUGGUGAACACUUCUCCUCUUCUUCCUCUCCAAGUCAACUUUGUUACAUAUUUUUAUUUAAAUAAUUCAGUUGCAUAAUUUACAUUUGUGCUAUGUUGAACAGAGACACUGUGGUUAUGUGUGGCUCACAGGAUUCUAACAGUCAAACGAAAUAAUGUGUUAUAAUUUUAAACCGUUAGGAAAUGGUGAUUUGAGUGUAAGUGUUGUAAUUAAUUUCACCUUGACAUGUGACAUUUUCUUUUUUGUUCCUAACUGAUAGAUUUUAAAUUUUGUUUUUAUUAUUGAUUCCUCCUAUAGUUGAUGUCUAAUCAGAGAAUAGAUACAUAUGCAAUUGAAUUGUUGAGAUUUGUUAGGGUUUGCAUUAGUGAAGAUACGGUCUGUUUCACAACUGUUCAUAGUGCGUGGAAAACGUGCACUUGCAGCCAGGUAUCUUAGGCCAGGCCUGUUACGUACAGGACUUCUGUCCCUUUCCUUCUGUGUGACCCUUUAGAUUCUGCAGGAUGUUAGAAUUUCCUUUCCUGUUGGGUUUACUAUUUUAUCCCUAAAACUAACUAUUAAUUUUUGUUUUAUGUGUUUUGGGGCUUUGUUGCUAAGUACAUUCAGCCCCAACUAGAUGUGGUUCAAAAACUAACUGGAGUUUUUUUUUUCCUGGUUUUCUUAACUAUAAAGUGUAAUCCAUUUAUACUUCUUAAAACUACUAAUAUAUUAGGAUUUACUUAUAUUAUUUUAAACUUUUAGCAUUUAUCUAUUGGGGGAGGACAAACCACCACAUAUGUAGAUGUCAAAGGAUAACCUAUGGGAGUCAGUUCUCCCUUCUGCUGUAUGGAUUCUGACAACCAAACUCAGCCUUACAUUUUAUUUUCGUGUUUUGUCCCAUCUUUCCUGCUUUUUCACAGCCCUCCAUUUUCUUGCCUUGUUUUGGAUAGAUUGUUUUCCCAUGGACUUCUCUUUAGCUUCGAAGUUGAAUGCUCAGUUUUUAUCUUUCAUGCUCACCUGCAUUAGUACUCGAAACCUAAAUUUCCUGUUCUUCCCCCAUUCAACAUGAAAGCUCUUAGAGUGUCUGAUUUCCUCCUCAACUUAGAAACCUAGAAUCUUAGUUCCAUCUUGUUUGACUGCCCUCUCAGUUCUGCGCACUGUCUGCCCAGACUUACCCACAGCUUAUGUGGAAAGCUGUCAGGGUGCAGUUGCAGGGUGGCAAUUAUUUUCUUCCUCCUCGUCUUUUCUUGUUACUUCUGAAAUGACACCUGUCCAUGUGAUCAGCACACCUUGGUCCUCCCUGGGUGACUUUCAAGAUUCUCCUCUUUCCUAGCACCACCAGUUACUCCCUCACAACACUGCAAGCCCCAGACCAUAUCCCCUUUACCCCUGUGUAUAAAACAAGUUGUAAGUUCUCACCUGUCCUGUACAGGAGCGAGAUCUGCUGCCUCUCAAUGUCGGCUGAUUGGUGCCUGGGGAACCGAGGCAUAGAGGAAAGAGUUGAGCCUGCAAUACCCACUGUGACCUGCAGCUGCCCUUUUCAGCCCUGGCAUGAAGAUUUGAUCUUUUUGUAGCAAAAGGAAAGAGAAAGAAAAAGACUGAAGUGUGUGUAGGAAGAGACAGAGACCCCAGAACAUGUGUUCCUGUUUUGCUCUUUCUAACCCAGUGAGCAUAGGGGAAAAGGUCACGUGAGGGUAUAGCAAGAAGCAACACUGGCUGUCUGAUAGCCAGGAAGAGAGACCUCAUCGCAAGUGACUCGAUCUUUGAUAUCAUGGCUGCUAGGUCUGAGAAGGGUAGUUUCCUUUGGUUGAGCAAACCACCCUAUGACAACCAAAGUAGACUGUAGACUGCCACCAUCCAUGCCUUUUAUUCUUGUCACUCAUGUAGGCACGGCUGCUUGAAACCCAGAUCCUUCUAGCCAGAAGGGAAGGGACACCUCCAGGACAGCUCUCGUACCAGAGCUCAGUUACCCUGUAGAAUUGUGUUGUCUCCCAGAUCAGCUCCAGUCGUUUUCAUUAACUUCCCAUGAACUCAGCUUUGAAUAAAGAAUUAGAUCAUUUCUUGUAGAAUUUUUUCAGGGUAUUCUAUAGCCAGAGAUCUCUGUGUAUGGAAACGGCUAAGGAAGUAUGUGACAAUUUUGCCACAUUAAAAUUUCCUACAAAAAGAAUAUGUUUGUUUCUUUUGAUAUUUGUGCCAAAGAGUUUCUAUUAUUUUGCUUCUUAUUCAUGAACAGAUUUGAUUGUAUCUAUUUCUACUGUAUUUUUUUGCUAUUCAUAAGUUAAUGAAAGUCAAAAUGAGUACAAUAGUCUUAUUCUAAGUCUCCAUAAUGGGUUGGUGAAAUGGCCCUGCAGCAGGAUGCCAGGGCUGCUGACCUGAGUUCAGUCCCCAGGAACAUGGUAGAGGGAGAGAACCAACCCCUGCAAGUUGUCCUCUGACCUGCACGCACACACAUGUACACGCAUGCAUACAAAAUGAGUAAUAUGGUUUUUAGUGCAAUUUCUUAAACCUGCGUGACUUACCUGAAUACAUAACCUUAGAUGCCUUCAGUUUUUAGGGCUUUAUUGUGGUUCGUGAAAAGGCCCAGGCUACUACCAUAGGUAUGGAGUUCUAUAUCUAAAUUUAACUGGAAACUACUUCAAAUAUUAGUUCAUCCAGAAUAUAUGAACCUUUGUUUGUUUUAUUUGCUUGUUUGAUUUGAGGGUUUUGUUUUGUUUUUUGAAAUGAGGGCUCCUAGAACUCAUUGUGCAGCCAAGGGUAGCCUUGAACCUUGUCUUCACCUCCCAGAUGCCAAGGUUAUACAGAUAUAUACCACCAUGCUCCGUUUAUGUAGCACCCAGGGCUUCAUUCAUGCUAGGGAAGCAUUGUACUAACUGAACUCCAGCCUCAGUCCCUGAAGCUGUCCUUUCCUAACAUGUAUGUUUUAGUAGUUUAAUCUGUAUCCGUUUUGUUCUAGCUGCAUUCUGUUUCUGUGAUGAAACACUUCAAAAAACAGCUCAGGGAGAAGGGUUUAUUUCAGCUCACAGUGCCAGGUGACAGCUCAGGGACAAGGGUUUAUUUCAGCUCACAGUGCCAGGUGACAGCCCAUCAUUUGGAGGAGUCAGAGCAGGCUCUCAAGGACUAGUCACAUCACGUCCGCAAGAGCAGAGAGAGAGGAAUGUAGCCACACUGCCUGCUUGAUUUCCUCAUUCAUGUAAGUCAGGGCCCAGCUACAAAACCUCACAGACACACUCGGGCAGACCUGGUCCAGACUAUUCCACCGUGAACCGCUCCAUCAAUUCUGGUUGUGGCAAGAUAACAUUUAAAACUAAGCAUACCUUACAGAGGUUUUAUAGCUGUCUCAUGCAUGUUGGCAGUUGAUUGACGAUGUAGCUCAAGGUCUGGUGGGGACGAGGGUGGGAGAGUUACCACCCUCUGGCUGUCCUUCCUAGGGCUCAUGCUACAGACAGUGCUUCUCCAGGACUGCUCCCAUGAUAGGAAAGCGAAACUCGGCUGCUUACACUUGUGCUCCUUAAACAGGAGGGAAAAGCUUAGGUUUUCAGAUGUGAUACUUUUCGUGGGGCAGUAAGUCCAUAGGAACACUGCAUGCUAACAUUCUGUCCUUACCAAAACUCAAGGUUCAGGCACUCUAUGAAAUAGUCAAAACCAGCUCACGGUAAGGAAAUAGCAAUUGAUUUGUAUUACGGCUUAGAUGACUUCUCAGUGCCUUAUGUAAUUUGAUCUCAUUGUAUCCUCAUAACCAGGAAGUACUCACUUGAUCUUUUAAAGGCUCUGAGCUAAGAACAAAUACUAUAUCAGGUAGACUUUAAAAUCUGUUUUAUGGGUAGAUCCCAAUUUUUCUUAAUAAUUUACAUAGCUUAAUGCAGUAUUGUGAAGUUUGUUUUUCUAGAACAUUCUACAGUAUUAAAGAUGUUUACUAUUAUUCGACCAUUCACUGGGUCGUGAGGCUGGAGUUCAGCAUAGGAUGUCACAGAAGGUGAAAGAUAUGUUAGUAAGCCCAGUUCGGUCAUCCUACAGUGUCUGUGCAUACAUCAGAACCCCGCUGGCGGUGUGUAUAGCCUUGGUUACGAGACAGUUGUUAAAGGCCUGUACAUGAUUCAGUCACCAAGCGCAGACAGUCCCUCGAUCAGAUGGCACACGUUCGCUGACAGGAGGAGAGUGUGAGGGAUUCCUCACUGGAAUGCACGGUCCUAUGGCCACCAGGUCCCUCUUCGGCCAACAAGAAUAAUGUUGUCCAUUCCAUUUUUAAAUUAGAAGGGACAGGGGCUCGAGAGAUGGCUCAGUGGGUCAAGGAGCUUGUCACCACACCUGACCACCUAAGAUCAAUGCCUGGGACCCACGUGAUGGAAGGAGAGAACUCAGCUGUCACCAGUUGUCCUCUGACCUCCACAUGUGCUCUGUGGCACACGCACACGUGCGCCAAGUAAAUAAACAAAGAUAUAAAAAAAAUGAAGAGAGCGUGGAUAUGCGCUUUGCAUCACUCCUUGCUGCCAUCCUCUCCCGUUUAAAUUUAACAAAAGAACAUUCAGUGAGAUCAGGCACGCGUAGUUGUCAACCAUCAGAGCAAAUGUUAUCACUAUGUAGGACUGAAAUUUCACCAUAAAGGAAGUCAGUGUGUUUGGCCAGCUAGACUGGGCUUCAGUUUGCUCCACAUGGAUCCCAUUCUUGGUGAACUUGCUCACACUGCUAACAUUAACUUCGCUUUUGUUUUCGUUGCGAUGCUGGAUAAUCUAACCUAAGACCUCACACAUGCUAGGCAAGUUCUUUACCACUGAACUAUAUUCCCAGCUCUCAACAUAAAAUUCUUGAGAAAAUUGUCUACAAAUAGUAAGAUUUAAUUAUUUUUCCUUAAAGUGGAAUUUGUAGAGAAUUUGAAAAGAAAAAUCAUGAAAUUCAUCAUUUAAAAAUUUGAUGUCAUCAGAAGUACCUGUGCAGUCUUUUCAGAGGUGUGUACUAAAGAAAUGGAUCAUGUAGUUACAGUGAAAUCAUUGUUAUAAAAUUUAGAAAUUCUUCAUGCAAAAAGAUUUUGUUUAAAAAGUUUUCUGGGGCUGGUGAGAUGGCUCAGUGGUUAAGAGCACUGACUGCUCCUCCUGAAGACCCAGGUUCAAUUCCCAGCACCCACAUGGCAGCUCGCAGCUGUCUAUAGCUACAGUUCAAGAGAAUCUGACAUCAUUAUACCAAUGCACAUGAAAUAAAGUUAAAUAAAGUUUUAGAAAAAUUUUUUUAAAUAAAUAAGUUUUCUGUUACAUAAUUAUUUUUUGAAAUUAUAAUUUAAUUAUAUCAUUUCUCCCUUCCCUUCCUUCCAUGUAUCAAUUCUUGCUCUCUUUCGAAUUCAUGCUGCCUUUUUUUUAAUUAUUGGGGUGUAUGUAUGUACGUCUGUAUGUGUGUGUGUAUUUUUAAAUAUAUAGAUACAAUCUGCACCGUCUGCAUUACAUUACUUGUGUGUAUGUUUUCAGAACUGACCAUUUGGUGUUGGAAAGCCAGUUGGUGUGCUCUUUCCUGGGAAGACUUUCUCCCGUUCUCACCAUUCCUUUGUUGCCUAGAGUUUUCUGUGUAGGCUUGGGGCUUUGUGUUCAUGUCAUCCCUACAACCCCUCUUGAUAUGUCUAUUGGCGUUGUUUAUGUUUAGUUUUAUUUUGGGCAAAGUCUACUGUGUCACAAACUGUCCUGGAACUUGCUACAUAGCUAAGGAUGAUCUUGAAUGUCUGAUCCUUCACUCUACCCUUCAAACACCAGAACUGUGGGUGUGAAUAACAUGCUCAGCCUCUUAAGAAGUUUCAACACCAGAGAAUCUGUCUUCCACUAGAAUCUGAAAUUUAUACACUAAGACCAGCAGGUGUCACUGUGAUAAAAGAUUUAUUUCUCUCCUAUUAACAAAAGUGUGUAACAAAUAAUUCAUAUUCAUAUAGGUGAAUAAAGAGAAAAGUAUAGGAACUGAUGUGUAAUGUAGACGGUUAGGAGUGUUUUUUAAAGUAUAUUUUUCCCUAAUUAUUUUCAUAUCUUUUAUUAUGUAGUUGAUGUCAGUUUUGUUAGAGAAAAUGUAAAGGUUAAAAAAAAAACUGUCAAUUUUCUCGACUUUAUAUUAAAUUUAAUAAAGUUCACAUUC